AUGGAAGCCGUAAUUGAUAGCAGUCUCAAUUCCUUGGGCGAAAUACUUGAUGGAGAUCCUCAGAACGACGCCAGGGUAGUGUUAUAUGUAGUCAAGGCAAACGAAACAAACUAUAUCAACUAUAUCAAACCUCUCAUACUCGCUUUGGAGCUAGAGGUGCCUCAUUGUGUUUCAAUAGUUGAUACGACUGAGGAAUGGUUCUACAGAAUCCAUCCCGAGCGUACUGUGCCAUCGCUGAAAGACCGGGAUCCGGAGACAGGGGAGGAUGUAAUUGUCUUCGAAGGCACAGCAUGCUUGCAAUAUCUUGCAGACAGGUGGGAUACUAAAGGGGAAUGGUCCGGGAGAACAGCAGCUGAGAGAGGCGCGGUGUUAAGUUGGACCUCGUAUCAAACUGCCGGACUAGGAGCUACUGCGAAGUACUGGCUUUACUUUCUUCGAGGUUAUCCCAACCGCCAGAAUCCCGUCCAAUUGCCGCGAACUACUGAGAAACUUCAUCAGAACACGCUAAAGCAGUGGGAUAUCUUAGAGAAGCGACUUUCGUUGCCUAAUCAGAAUUAUAUAGCAAUCGCUGACCGGCCAACCCUCGCCGACCUCUCAUACUUCCCUUUUGCAAUGCCUUGGAUGUUCACCUUUUUUGGUGUGGAUAUUAAGGAUUGGCCUAAUAUUGAAACAUGGAGCAAGAAGAUGUUAGAGAGACCAGCGGUCAAAGAGAUAAUGGAGAAAGCACCGAAGUUUGGAAACUUGUAA